AACCCGGCGAAUGCAGGGUAGCUAUACUUCGCCUUUCGGGGUGGUAUGUCACUCUUCUAGGGCGCCCCUUCCUCUAUUCAUGAGUGGAAGGGGAAAUUCUUCUUUCUUGCAUCCGAGGAGCCGUGGGGGUUUAACCCGAGGUGGGGGCACCCCCGGUUGAAGACUCUCAAUAGGCUCUCCGAGCUCUCGGAGAGAGAGCUGAGGGUCUUGGACUCUCUACGGGCCCUCGGAAAGAGGUUCAACCUGACCGAGCUCCUACGGGAGGACGCCUUGGCGAGCGUGGGCUUGAGCUCGGCGCGCCCUGAGGGUAAGAGUGGUCGCAUCACUUUGCUUUUGUCUGUUUUCUCUUUUCACUAACUUUGAUCUGACACUUGGAAAAAUUUUUGGUUUCAGAUAUUCCCCGCAUGCCGACCAGCAACACGUCCCUCUUCUCUCGGAUAAAGAGGCGAGAGGCCGAGGCCGGGGGGGCUAUUCCCCAGCCUCGGAAGAAGUCGAGGUCGGCCGGUGCUUCUACAUCGGCCGGGACGGGAGGCCCGGGGGCGGGGGCCUCCACAAUUUGCCAGGGGCGUACGCGGGACGCCGGCGACACGGGCCCAACGGCCCCUAUCUGUCCCGCUCCUGUCGCCCAGCGGGGGAGGCCGACCACGAUUCCUUUACGACGCCCGGGGCCUGGGCCGACCGGGAGCCCCGAGGUCCCCAGCUCGGAUGAGCCGAGCUCUUCAAGGGCCCCGAGGGAGAAGUCGGCCGAGCCGGGAUCCCCACUCCUCGAGGGGAGCUCGGCCAUCCAUGACGCCGAGGUCGCACGGGCUGUGUUUCGGCGUGCGAUGCUUCCAGCGGACUGGGCCGAGUUCGCGAACUUGCCGCUGGAAGAGAUCGUCGACGGUACCUACCGCAAUACCGCUCGGCAUAUUCACGAAGUUGACACCCUGGUGUUCAUCGCCCAGGGGUGUCAAGAAGAGACUCGGCGGGUUAGCCGGCAAUUGGAGCCGGCUAAAAAAAGGAUUGCCGAGUUGGAGGCAGCGCUGGCCGAGGCCGAAGCGCGGAGGGAGACCACUGAGGCCGGGCGACUAGCCCUGGUCGAGGUGCUCGAAGAGGAAAGGGCCGCCCAUUCGCUGGCAAAGUCGGCCCUGCGCGCCUCUGAGACGCGACUGGGGGAGGCCCAGUCCGAGAUCGCCGGCCUCAAGUACGAGGGCGGGGUCUUCCGCCUCAAGAUCGAACAACUUGAGGCCCGGGAGAAGAAGGCGCUCGAGCGAGCCGAGAAUGCCGUGGAGCUCUUCAAGGAGUCGGAGGAGUUCCGCGACAUGUUAGAGGAGGAAACCGUGGAUGGGUUCCUCCGCGGCUUCGAGAACUUUUGGAGGCAGAUGGCUCGGCCCCCAAUUCGACCUCUCCACGAUUCGUCCGAGGAUGAGGUUGGGCUGUGGCUCCGACGACGACGUUCCUGAUGCCCUCGCGCCUGAGGAGGAGUCUACUGAAGCUGAGGCGGACUCAGUGACGCUGGCUGUGACGGAGGCUUCCCUUCGCGGAGUUACCGGGGAUGCUCCUGUGGUGCCUGCCGAGGUCCCCGCCACAGGCGCCGAGCCCGCGACCGCUGAAGGCCCCCAGGUCGUCGCCAUAGAUGACCCGGAGGGCGACGCCGAUGCUACUACCGCCCCUUAGGGCAUAGACUCUCUUUCUUCUUCUUUUUUUUUUUAUAUUGUAGAAGAGGUCGGCCUUCAAAACUGUUGAUCAGUCGUCCUCUAAUUUUGUACUUAGCCUUUCGGCGUUUUAUUAUUAAUGAAAAUAUUUCCUUUCACCUCUCUGUGUUUACCUUUCUCCCUUUGUCUUUUUUGCUUGUGAACGAGGUCGGUACUUUUGCCGACUCUCGACUUUGUAUCCGAGCCUUCGGGCUGCUUAUUAAUAAAGGCAUGUUUUUGGCCGUGUUUUGCCUUUCUUUCCUCUGACUUGUUUGAGUGUUCGAACUCCGAUUACGCUAACUAGGGGGGCUCCGAGCUUAGAUUUUAGGAAAUUUCACCAAGUCUUGUAGCUCGGAUCCGAAGAUCGCGGGGGUCGCCGAGUUUAGUUCUUAGAUUCUUGAGGCACCGGGUUCGGAUCUCUGGCCGCCAAGUGGGGCCGUGCUAAAUUUGCACAGGCCACUACCUGGGGGUCUAGCCGAGCUUUUCGAGCUCGGCUUUUGGACCGUAGGUUUAUAAGAGGAUUAGCGUCGUCCCCCGAAGGGGAGCACGAGCCGCUAAUCGAAUUGUCGCUAGGGCUUUCAUAGUCAUCUCCCUCGGAGCCUACCGAGGUUUCGGUGGGCGGGGUCGGAACCCAUGGAGAACAUUUCGGCCUUGUUGAGCUCGAUUAGUAUGCCCACGGUUGAGGUUAUCUUCAUAAAUUGGUGUUGGAGUCCGUAUGCGGGGGCCGAAUUAGGCCCUUGUUCAUGGAGGCUUACAUAAGUUGUCAUGGAGGUUGUCGGCAGACGGAGCAUGCAUAAGGUCAGCGGGAGAUUAGUCUCGCACCGACUCGUAGGAGUAAUCCGACCUUGGCCAGAUUUUAAUCAGGGUUCCGCCGACAAUACGUAGAUAAAUAUAACAAGGCGAGCAUCGAGUAGGAUGUACCUUGUGCAUUUCCGAAGUUACGCUCCUUGUAGUGGAGUGGGCGGCCUUAUUUCCUUGCCAACUUCCGGAGUCCUUUUUUGACUUUCGAAGAGCUCGGGCUUCUUACGAACCUGGUGGUGCCCACCGAGGUUGAGGAUGCUCCAUUAAUCCGCGACCCUUUCCGAGGUCGAGGGA